AUGGUUCGCCUUCGCGAGAUCCCGAGGACGGCGGCCUUUGCCUGGUCCCCGGACCCGUCGAAGCCUCUCUUGAUCACCGGCACCAGAGCUGGAGCUGUCGAUGCCGACUUCUCUGAUGAGACCAAGCUGGAGCUGUGGGACCUCAACCUCGACAACCAAGAUCAGGGCCUCGAGCUACAGCCCGUCGCCAGCAUCAGCACCGACUCGAGAUUCUAUGAUAUUGCCUGGGGACCAGCCGACUCCGACCAUCCAAGGGGCAUCAUCGCUGGCGCUCUGGAGAAUGGAUCCCUCGACCUGUGGGAUGCCGAGAAGCUCAUCGAAGGCGCCGACGACGCCCACAUGUCCCGCACAACGAAGCACACCGGUGCAAUCAAGUCCCUUCAAUUCAACGCUCUUCGACCCAACAUUCUUGCCACCGCCGGCGCAAAGGGAGAGCUGUUCAUCUACGACAUCAACGACGUUGGCAACCCGUUCCGACUCGGCACCGCCGCCGCUCGCUCAGACGAUCUGGAAUGCGUCGCAUGGAACCGCAAGGUGGCACACAUUCUGGCCACUGGAGGAUCCGGUGGAUUCGUUACUGUUUGGGAUUUGAAGACUAAGAAGGCGUCUCUGACGCUCAACAACAACAGGAAACCAGUCAGCGCGAUUGCUUGGGACCCAAACAACUCGACCAAGCUUCUUACCGCUACCCACGACGACACUUCCCCUCUUAUCUACUUGUGGGACCUCAGGAACUCCAAUGCACCCGAGCGUACACUUCAGGGACACGAACAGGGCGUUCUGUCUCUGUCUUGGUGUCAGCAGGACAGCGACUUGUUGAUUUCUUGCGGCAAGGACAACAGGACUCUGGUUUGGAACCCCCAGACUGGUGAUCGUUAUGGAGAGUUUCCCGAGGUCACGAACUGGACUUUCCUGACCCGCUUCAACCCCUCGAACCCGAACCUGUCGGCCACGGCCGGUUUCGACGGCAAGAUCACUAUCCAGACCCUGCAAAACACCAAUCCCUCGACCACCCAGAGCACGACGCAAAACAACCUGGACGGCGAGGACUUCUUCACCAGCGCGCAGACUCAGCCUCAGGGAGCUUCCUUCUCGCUCAACAAGGCGCCCAAGUGGUUUGAGCGUCCCAUUGGUGCCACGUUUGGCUUUGGAGGAAAACUCAUCAUUUUCAAGCAAAAUGCUCAGCAGCGUACCUCCAAGAUCUCGAUUUCUCAGUUCGCGGUUGACUCCGCUGUGGGCACCGCUACAGAGAAGUUCGAGGAGGCUCUCCAGUCUGGUGAUAUUGUUGGCCUUUGCGAGACUCGCAAGGAACAGUCGAAGACCGAGGAGGAGAAGGCCGACUGGCUCGUCAUGGAGACUUUGACCGCCGAGAACCCCCGAAAGCGCAUUAUCGAGUACCUUGGUUUCACUGAAGAGGAGAUCACAAACGGAGUCUCCAAGGGUGAGGAAGAAAAGUCCGAGGAGGCUGUCGAAGAGAAGAAGGAAGAAGCCAAAGAUGAGGACAAUAUGUGGGGUGACGGUGACGGCGAGGGUGAAGACUUCUUGUCCAACUUGUCUGCCAACAAGGGGGCCAAGACCGACAGCCCCUUCCAUCUGCUUGCCGACACCGACACCGCAGUUGAGAAGUCUAUCACCAAGGCGUUGAUGCUCGGCAACUUUGCCAAGGCUACCGACAUUUCCUUGAAGGAGCAGCGUUGGGCCGAUGCAUUCUUGAUUGCCAACUGCGGCGGACAAGAAUUGGUGGACAAAGUGCAGUCUGCUUACCUGGCAAGCAAGGAUGGCGUCCCUAGCUAUGUCCGACUCUUGGGAUCCGUCAUCGCCAAGAACCUGUGGGACGUCGUCUACAACGCCGACCUCGAGAAUUGGAAGGAGUCAAUGGCCAUUCUCUGCACGUUCUCAAACCCCAAGGAAUUCCCUGAUCUCUGCGACGCCCUUGGAGAUCGCAUCCUUGAGAGUGGUUCUCGGAAGGACGCCUCUUUCUGCUAUUUGGUUGGUUCCAAGCUCGAGAAGGUUGUCUCUAUCUGGAUCAACGAGCUCGAGGAAGCCGAGCAGGCCGGUGUCCAGGAACCUAGCGAAGACUCGACCUUCUCUGUUCAUGCCCGCUCUCUGCAGCACUUCAUUGAGAAGGUCACCAUCUUCCGUCAAGUUACCAAGUUCCAAGACACCGAGAAGAGUCAGAGUGCGGACUGGAAGCUGUCGGCCCUGUACGAGAAGUACACAGAGUACGCCGACAUCAUUGCCGCGCACGGCAAGCUUGCUGUCGCUCAGAAGUACCUUGAUCUUCUGCCGGACAACUACCCCGCGGCAGAGAUCUCAAGAAACCGCUUGAGGCUUGCCACUCAGAGGGGAGCCGCUCCCAAGGCCGCGGCGGCUGCGGCUCGUCGUCCUGGGCAAGCUCCGGCUGCGACAAAUCCGAGAGUCACUCCGGUCUAUCAGCCCACUGCCCCUGCCGCUGCUGCGGCUCCUCCCAGCUCCAACCCGUAUGCUCCAGCCGGGCCUGCCCUUGCUGCCUCCUCUGUAUCCGCGGCGUCAAACCCUUACGCUCCUCCUACCGUCGGGUACAACCCGGCUCCCGCCACAGGCUAUACACCCGCUGCCGCUCCAUCCCCUUAUGCACCGGCUCAGGGUUACCAGCCUCCCGCUCAAUCCUACGGAGCGCCAGCCGGCUAUGGCCCACCGCCCACCAAUUUCGGCGCUGUUCCCCCGCCGCCGCGAAACUCCACGCCGACAUCCUCUUUCAGGCCUAAGGAGAGCUGGAACGAUGUGCCUCUGGUCAACAAGGCGCCUCCUCGCAAGACAACCCCCAGUGUGGCCCCGAUCACUUCGCCAUUCCCGGGACAGACGAACCAGGCCGGUCCUCCUCCUCAAAGUCCCUACGGCCGCAGUGGCGCAACUCCCCCUCCCCCUCCUCCCAAGGGGCCGGCUCCUCCCCGUGUCACGUCUCCUCUGGCCGGACCCCCGCAGGCAUUCCAGGCACCGCCGAGACCGACGUCGGCAGCUUCGAACGCAUACGCUCCUCCGCCUCCCCAGGCUGGCGCCCCGCCUUCCAUGAUGCCGCCGCCGCCCAUGGCUCGCGGCCCUUCGCCGUACAACCCUCCUCCAUCUGGCGCCCCCCCCUCAAACCGCUAUGCCCCGGCCGCUGCAACGCAGCCUCAAGCAAGCCAACCACCUAUGGGAUCGGCUCCACCUCCGGGUAGCCAGCCACCCCCGAGGAACCCUUACGCACCGCCGCCGCAAGCAGGCACCCCGCAGAACCAGUACGCGCCUUCACCCUACGGAGCUCCUCCUGCCGCCGCCGCACCUCCUCCGGCUGCAUCAAGGCCUCCCACUGGACCUCCUCCUGCAGGCGGACCGCCUCCAGCCGCCGCUGCCACCCCUCCCCCUCCUAAGGCAGCGCCACCGCCAGCUAAGGCCAGGCACCCGGCUGGUGACAGAUCUCACAUCCCACCUCACGCCCAGAGUUUGGUAGAUGUUCUCAAUUCGGAUAUGCAGCGGGUGGCAUCGCGAGCGCCUGCUAGUUUCGCUGCCCAGGUGAAGGACACCCAGAAGCGUCUCAACUUGCUGUUCGACCACCUCAACAACGAAGAGCUCGUCAAGCCCGAUACAAUUGAUCAGCUUGUAGCUCUCGCUGAGUCUAUUGACGAGAAGAAUUACGAGGUGGCCCACAAGAUCCAAGUUGAGAUCCAGAAGGAGAAGACCGAGGAGUGCGGUAACUGGAUGGUUGGUGUCAAGCGGUUGAUCAGCAUGAGCAAGGCCACCCCAUGA